AUGAUACCUCAAAUUGAUCCUAAAUCUAAUCCAAAUAUCCGCAAAAUCAUUACUAAUACACUUAAUCAUUCACACGAAGAGGAAAUCUUUAAUAAUAUUCGUGAAAUGCCAGAACUACAAAAGAAAAAUAUGUUAAAUCUAAUUGAAACAAUGCAAAAUCCAAAAGGAAAGCAUAAAAAUGAAAUUAUUUCGGUUUAUCUUCAAAAUAAAGCCCUUGAAUGUAUUACGGAUAGUCGUAAAAAUCUAGUUGUUUUAAAAGCUGAGAAUACGAACCUAAAAUCAGUAAACCGAAAACUAUUAAGGAAUAAUCAAAAUCUAUUACAUAAAAUUCAGUCUGUAAGUAGUUCAAAUCAGCAUCUUAGAAAUAAAGUAGAAAAGCGAAUUUCAACUAUUAG